UUGCAGGGCGGGGCGACUCGACGGCCCUCCCUUUUGUUCCCAUUGGCUGCAGUCGUCAGGUUCGCCUCCUCCACUGCCUACCGGGGAGCCUAGGGCCUGACAGAAGCCCGCCCCCCUGGCGCUCGUGCGCACGCGUGGCGGGCUCUCGGCGCACUGAGCAGGCGCGGCCUCGUGUCGGCCGGAGGGGGCGGGUGCAACGGCGCGCGCUGCGUCCCGGCGCUCGGCUUUCCCUCCGCCGGUCCCGCCCUCCGUCGCGGCGGCGCGGUGUAUCCUGGGAUAGGGAGCGAUCUCCGAGCGAGGCGGCAAGAUGGACGCGGGAUUUUUCCGCGGAACAAGUGCAGAACAGGAUAAUCGGUUCAGCAACAAACAGAAGAAACUACUGAAGCAGCUGAAAUUUGCAGAAUGCCUAGAAAAAAAGGUGGACAUGAGCAAAGUAAAUUUGGAGGUUAUAAAGCCUUGGAUAACAAAAAGAGUAACGGAAAUCCUUGGGUUUGAAGAUGAUGUUGUCAUUGAGUUUAUAUUCAACCAGCUGGAAGUGAAGAAUCCAGACUCCAAAAUGAUGCAAAUCAACCUGACUGGAUUUUUGAAUGGAAAAAAUGCUCGAGAAUUUAUGGGAGAACUGUGGCCCCUGCUGCUAAGUGCACAAGAAAACAUCGCAGGAAUCCCUUCUGCUUUCCUAGAACUGAAGAAAGAAGAAAUAAAACAAAGACAGAUUGAACAAGAAAAAUUGGCAUCUAUGAAAAAGCAAGAUGAAGACAAAGAUAAAAGGGAUAAGGAAGAAAAAGAAAGCAGCAGAGAAAAAAGGGAGAGGUCUCGUAGCCCAAGAAGACGCAAAUCCAGAUCUCCUUCCCCUAGAAGACGAUCUUCCCCUGUCAGGAGAGAGAGAAAGCGCAGUCAUUCUCGAUCUCCCCGUCACAGAACCAAGAGCCGGAGUCCUUCCCCUGCUCCAGAAAAGAAGGAAAAAACUCCAGAGCUCCCAGAACCUUCAGUGAAAGUAAAAGAACCUUCAGUACAAGAGGCUACUUCUACUAGUGACAUUCUGAAAGUUCCCAAACCUGAACCUAUACCAGAGCCUAAAGAACCUUCUCCAGAAAAAAAUUCUAAAAAAGAAAAGGAGAAGGAGAAGGCCCGACCACGAUCUCGGUCACGCUCCAAAUCAAGAUCCCGGACGCGGUCCCGCUCUCCUUCUCACACUCGACCUAGACGGCGCCAUAGAUCCCGAUCAAGAUCGUAUUCACCUAGAAGGCGGCCAAGUCCAAGAAGGCGGCCAUCUCCUCGAAGAAGAACUCCACCAAGAAGAAUGCCUCCUCCACCAAGGCAUAGAAGGAGUAGAUCACCUGUAAGACGAAGAAGACGUUCUUCAGCAUCCUUGUCUGGGAGUAGCUCAUCAUCCUCUUCAUCUCGUUCACGGUCACCACCAAAGAAGCCUCCCAAGAGGACAUCCAGCCCCCCUCGGAAAACUCGUAGGUUAUCUCCUUCAGCAAGUCCUCCAAGGCGAAGGCACAGGCCAUCACCUCCUGCAACUCCACCACCCAAAACUCGGCAUUCCCCAACACCCCAGCAGUCAAACCGUACAAGAAAAAGUCGUGUUUCUGUGUCUCCAGGGAGAACUUCAGGUAAAGUGACAAAACAUAAAGGUACUGAGAAAAGAGAAUCCCCUUCACCAGCACCGAAGCCUAGAAAAGUAGAGUUAUCUGAAUCGGAAGAAGAUAAAGGUGGCAAAAUGGCUGCAGCAGAUUCUGUGCAGCAGAGACGCCAAUACAGACGACAAAACCAGCAGUCUUCAUCUGGUAUGGACGGUGAUGAAAGUUUUUUUCUACCUGCAUUUCCUAAUAAAUAUUUGAGCAAAACUCCAUCCCCAAAAAAAAAAAAAGAGACUCACGCUAGUGGUAGACGGAGGAGAAGUCCAUCCCCACCACCCACCAGAAGGCGACGGUCUCCUUCUCCCGCCCCUCCUCCUCGACGGCGCAGGACUCCCACACCACCACCACGACGAAGGACUCCUUCUCCUCCCCCACGCCGGCGCUCACCUUCUCCUAGAAGAUACUCUCCUCCAAUACAGAGGAGAUACUCUCCUUCUCCACCUCCAAAGAGAAGAACGGCUUCACCUCCUCCCCCUCCUAAACGAAGAGCAUCACCAUCUCCACCACCAAAGCGGCGGGUCUCCCAUUCUCCACCUCCCAAACAAAGAAGCUCCCCAGUCACCAAGAGACGUUCACCUUCAUUAUCAUCCAAGCAUAGGAAAGGGUCUUCCCCAAGCCGAUCUACCCGGGAGGCCCGAUCACCACAACCAAACAAACGGCAUUCGCCCUCACCACGGCCUCGAGCUCCUCAGACCUCCUCAAGUCCUCCACCUGUUCGAAGAGGAGCGUCAUCAUCACCCCAAAGAAGGCAGUCCCCGUCUCCAAGUACUAGGCCCAUUAGGAGAGUCUCCAGGACUCCGGAACCUAAAAAGAUAAAAAAGGUUGCUUCCCCAAGCCCACAGUCUGUAAGGAGGGUCUCAUCCUCCCGAUCUGUCUCCGGGUCUCCUGAGCCAGCAGCUAAAAAGCCCCCAGCACCUCCAUCCCCUGUCCAGUCUCAGUCACCAUCUACAAACUGGUCACCAGCUGUACCGGUCAAAAAGGCUAAAAGCCCAACACCGAGCCCAUCACCGCCAAGAAAUUCAGAUCAAGAAGGAGGUGGAAAGAAAAAGAAGAAAAAGAAGGACAAGAAACACAAAAAGGAUAAGAAGCACAAGAAGCACAAAAAACACAAGAAGGAAAAGGCUGUGGCUGCAGCUGCUGCAGCUGCUGUGACCCCUGCAGCCAUUGCAGCUGCCACAACCACAUUAGCACAGGAAGAGCCGGUGGCAGUGCCAGAGCCGAAGAAGGAGACUGAAAGUGAAGCUGAAGAUAACCUUGAUGAUUUAGAAAAGCACCUGCGUGAAAAGGCCCUGAGAUCAAUGAGGAAGGCCCAAGUGUCCCCACAGUCUUAGGGGGAAAUGUUUGUUAUGAUGUAAAUUUUAUUUGGUUUGUACGCAGUUCAAUUUCAAAAUUGCUAAAAUGUGUUUGAGCUUUAGACUAUAACAUUUGUUGUAAUAAUUGCUAGGUUGAAGUUCACCAUGUAAAAAAAGGGGGCAUGGAUUUACAUUGCAAAAGGUGUCCACAGUGUAUUAGUGACAUUCUUUCAUUGACAGCUGACAUAAUUCAUUGAGUGAAAUAAUUUAAGCCAAAAAAAAUUCCCUUUUUAAAAAAGGGGGUUUAAAUACUGUUGGCAUUUUUAUGGUUCCUUUAAAUGCCCUGGCUAUUCCUAGAGGGGGUUUUUUGUUUGUUUUUUUGGUUUUGAUCUUCUUUUUGUUUUUCUUUCUUCUUCUUACAUUUUUUUCAUUUGAGUCUUAGCUCCCAUUUAAGUUAUGCUACUGACCUUGUAUGGUCUGUAAGCUUGCCCAGAAAUAAGACCACUGUUUUGAACUACCACAAAAGUAUAAAUGAAUAUUUUAAUGCCACCAUCUUUCCUGUUGCCUGUGGAGUCUCUGCUGAAAUGAAUCAGGAUUCGAGCUCUAGGAUGAGACAGAAAAUGAAAGCAUGUUGUUUGCCAGGACACUGUGGGUUUAUAUGGAUGUGUAACAAGUUGAUUUGGAACACUGGACUCUCAUUCUGUUCUUCUGGUUUUGUUUUUUUGUUUUGUUUUUUUCUUUUGUAAAGGCAAUGAGCUAGUCCCAGAAAGGAUCCUUCAGUUACAUACAAUUUGUUUAAUGAAAUGUCAUGGCUCUGUUCAUAUCUUUGUCUUGUUCUUCCGAUUGGUAUAUACAAGUUUCAGAGCUCUUGUAUUUGGAAGGCUGGAAGGGCCCAGACUUUGGAAUAGUGUCUUGGUUUCACUGUUUUUGUUUUGAUUUUUUUUUUUUUGUUUUGAUUUUUUUUUAAACUAAAGCUAUAUAAAGCUUGUGGAUUAAACAGAAUAAAUUUCUAAAUUUAAAAAUUUU